AUGCUUCUGAGUAUCUCAGAGAAGGUGAUGGAAAAAUUAAUUCUUACUGAUUCAGAAUUUGAGGAGAUUGUCCAGACUGUGCUACGCAAGUCCCUCAAGGAGUGCUUCGAGACUUCCUGUGUAAAGCCAACAGUGUACAUCCAGUCAGGCAAAGAACCGGGAAUCAUUACUUCUGCUACUAAUGAUGAUAAUGCCAGUGGAGAGAAGGUGAUGGUACCUCACACACCAGAGAUUUCAUUGUCUCUGGAAGAUGAAGUUACCCCAGAGAUGAGUGCAUCUGGGCCAGGCCAGGCAGUUCCUGCACCCUCUGAGAAGAAAGUUGACAGAGAGUACUUAAGCAAAAGAAAGAAGGAGGCUCAAGGUGAAAAAAUGGAGACACCCAAAGAUGGACAUGAGCACAGACAGAGAGACCAAUUAAAGGACAUGUUGUGGAAUCAUUCUCAGACCAAGGAUCAGACAAAAAAAAGAAAGAGAGAUGGUUUUGGUCAUUGUGUAGUCUGGGUUCAGUGUUCCUCUCCAAACUGUAGAAAAUGGAGGCGGCUGUGUAGGAACAUUGACCCCUCGGUUCUCCCAGAUAAUUGGUUCUGUCACCAGAAUACAGACUUGGAUUAUAAUUGCUGUGAUAUUCCUGAGGAGACCUGGACAGGGAAUGAGAGUGAAGUGGUCUAUGCCUCCUAUAUCCCAGGAUGCAUCAUCUGGGCCAAGCAAUACGGUUACCCAUGGUGGCCAGGCAUGGUAGAAUCUGAUCCUGACUUGGAGGAGUAUUUUCUUUUUGCAUCUCAUUUUGAUUCUCUUCCGUCUAAGUACCAUGUGACAUUUUUUGGAGAAACAGUUUCUCGUGCUUGGAUUCCAGUGAACAUGCUAAAGAAUUUCCAAGAGCUGUCCCUGGAGCAAACAGGAGUGAAAAAGUGCAGGAACAAGGACUACAUUCAGAAACUGGAAGUAGCCGUAAUGAUGGCUCAUAAAGCAGAGCAGACCGACAUUGAGGAUCGGGUUAACUUAUUUGGCUUCUGGAACCGAUACUGUGGAUCUGACAGCAAUGAAGAAAAACAAGACUUAAUGCUGCCUGGGGCUAACAGCCCUGAGUCCAACGUGGAGAAAGAAGACAAUGAGUUAGAGGUGGAGGAGAAAGAGAAAAAAGACCCAACUUUGCCUGGUCCCAAGUCAGCCAAGAUGAAGACCAAAAACCCCAAACUGAAAGGCAUGUCAGAUGGACAAGACAGGAUCCUGAAAAAGAAGGGAACCAAGCGGUGUCUGCACAGUGAAUCCACAGUG